UACUCAAACUAUAUUUUAUUCCAAUCAAAUAUUAAAAAUAAAAAUUGAGGCACUUUUCAUUAAAAUCAUACAAACCUUCAUUAGCAGGUGGCUCAAUUUUCCGUUCUUUAACCUCUUUUAAUAUAGCUUGUGCAACAUUGGGCCACGUUGAAUAAAUUAUGUCAAUUUUGUCUGGAUAUUUUUGAUUAAAAUCAGUUUCCAACUAAAAAAAGUAAAUCAGUAUUUAAAAAAAUUAAUUACAUUUGAGUCCCCUUACCAAAUCUAAACCAUAUGAACAUUUCAAGCAUGGAAAAAUAUCAAACAAAUUAUCUCCUUCUGGGCCCUGAUUCUUGAUUUUCGGGGAGUAGAACUACCGAGAGAAAGUGGGCGUGGUUCUCUCACUGUCGCAAAUUUGUAUUCUUGACUGUUCUUUCUACUCCCACGCGUUUCCCCGGGGAUGAAAACUGUUCUAUUACCAAUUUGUAGGGAGUUUAGUAGUGAACCUCGCAUAACCUAUCUAUUUUACCGUCGAGUGAAGGAUUCCCUCAGAUUUUACUAUAUUUGAUUGUUUCUAAACUUCAUAGUGUUUGCUGUAAUGGAGUUAGAGGAUGUAAUUUUGUGGGAUCAGAUAAUCAAUAAUAUUCAGGAUGCCGAACAAGAACAACAAUUGGAAAGAGAAACCUUCAUUAGAAAAAAUCCAUUCUUGCUGUCUGACCAAAAAUUUGUGAAGUUGUUCAGGUUAACGAAACCAUUGAUGCGAGAUGUAAUAGAGACAUUAACUCCUCAUUUACAACAGCCUACUCGUAGGUCUGCUUUAAGUGUAGAAACAAAGGUACUAGCAACAGUACGAUUUCUGGCUACGGGCAGUUAUCAGGAACUAACAGGGUCAAGUGAAUAUGUUGGUAUCAGUCAAGCCAGCAUGAGUAGGUGCAUUUCUGAAGUUUGCGAAGCCCUAAAUGCACCAGAGGUAUUUAAUGCAUGGGUACAUUUUCCUCGAAAUCUGGCAGACUUUGAAAGUUUAAGGCGCAGGUUUUAUGACAAAUAUCAUUUCCCAGGUGUAAUCGGCUGCAUCGAUUGCACCCACAUUGCAAUAAUUGCCCCUUUCGUAGAAGAUGCAGAACAUGCCGAGAGAGCUUACAUUAAUAGGAAAAAUUACCAUUCUUUAAAUGUUCAAUUGAAGGUAGGCCAGGCCUUGAAUAUGUAA